GAGAGAUUCAUCAUGUUACUCAGAAAGGCACAAAAUUUUAAACUUAUGAAUUUUUUAUUUCUGGAAUUUUCCAUUUAAUAUUUUGGACCAUGGUUGACCACAGGUAACUGAAACCACAGAAAGCACAACUGCUAAUAAUGGGGGACUACUGUAUAUCUCAGGUCACCAAACCUUUAAAAAGACAACAUUGAUUUUAAAAGUAUAUAUAUUGCUACUGGGAUAACUAAGAAGACUAAAGGUUGACAGGAGUUUUUAUGAUGAGAACAGACUAAAGAGAUUAGGACUCUUCAUCAUGAAAGGGGCCCAGACUGCAGCCUAUAAAUCAGGAAGGAACAGGAAGUUGGGGCAACACCACUUUGUCCAUCGGAUCCACAGCGCAGCUGCUGAGAGCGACAUUUACAGCUCAACAAAGCUCCUUUCAGGACUCAGAAAGGUCGGUGAAAAUGUACACCUUAGUUAUAUUGAAUAUGGAAGAAGACGGGCUUUUUGGAGAAAAAGCAUUCCAGCAUUACUGCGCAGAAUUCAUCAAACACUCACAGCGAAUAGGUGAUGGUUGGGAAUGGAGAACUUCAAAGGACUCUUCUGAUGGAUACAUGUGCAAAACACAUUUUCAAAUAAAAAAUGGGACAGUGCUGUCACAUCAAGGGACAUCUGCCCAUGUACAGACGUGUCUCCCCAUGGAGGAGGCUUUAGAGUUACCCUUGGAUGAUUCUGAAGCAGCUGAGACCGCAGCAGCAACCGAAGUGAUUAAAUAUGAGUAUCAUGUCUUAUAUUCCUGUAGCUACCAAGUGCCUGUGCUUUACUUUAGGGCAAGCUUUUUAGAUGGAAGACCUUUAUCUCUGAAGGAUGUAUGGGAAGAAGUCCGCGAGUGCUAUCAGCCGCGGCUGCAGCAGGGACCCUGGGACACUAUCACCCAACAGGAGCACCCCAUACUCGGGCAACCCUUCUUUGUACUUCACCCCUGCAAGACGGAUGAAUUCCUGACUCCCGUGUUAAAGAAUUCUCAAAAAAUCAAUAGGCCCGUCAACUACGUCACGUCUUGGCUGAGCAUUGUAGGGCCCGUGGUUGGGCUUCACCUGCCUCUGAGUUACGCCAGAGCCGCCUCUCAGGAUGAGUGAAAUGUCGACGGACGAGAUUCUUCUGUUGAGCCAAAGAGCUUAGACGUUGCAGCAGGAAGAACACGGGAGUUUAAGUGGCUGACCCUGACUUUAAUGGCACCCGUGCCGCGAGUUUUCAGCUCACCAAGAUUUCGACAUGGAUUUCUUUUUCCCUUGGAAGCAAAUGUCUGCAGCAACCGAUAUACCAUAUAUUCAGAAGAAACACCUCAAAGACACAAAUCAAUAUAAGUAGCAAAAACUGAAUGUAACUCGAUAAUAUAAAUGCUGACAUCAUUAGGGCAUUUUCACGUUGUUCUUUCGUGUCUCAGACGUGUUUUCUUCAUCUUUCGUAUGAGAACAAACUACCUCAAUAGGGUUACUGUGAGAACCAUGUGAGAUCAUCAGUACAUGGAAAAAUAUUGUAAAGGGUUAUACAAAUACUCAUUAAAUGCCCUC